AGCAUGUUCCAAAUGCUACCAGGAUUUAGACGUGUUGUACAGGGGAGCCUCAGUUGGUUCGUUUGUCGGUCGAUUUUGUGACUUUGGCAUCAAAAUGUGGUUUCUCUGGCUCCUGUCCUUCGUGUCCAUGGCCAUCCAGAUGGUCUUCAUCACCUUGGCCAUCGCGGCUGGGUUGUACUAUCUUGCUGAACUGGUGGAAGAAUACACGGUGCUGACGGCAAAAGUCAUCAAAAUCAUGAUCAUUUGUACAACUGCAGUGUUCAUCGGCCUGUGGCUGUUUGAAGGCAUGCCGUUCAUGAUGAUUGGCUGUGGACUGGUAACAAACGGAGUCUUCGUCAUGCUGCUGGGAACUUUCCCCUUCUUCAGUUUCUCUUCUCCCAGUUUCAUCCUAGGAGUUGUCCUGGUUGUAGUGAAUCACUACUUGGCCUUCAACUACUUUGCUACAGAGUGGCACCCAUUUUCAGAAGUCCUGGGGUAUUUCACAGUGUGUUUGUGGCUGGUCCCGUUUGCGUUCUUCGUGUCCCUGUCGGCAUCAGAACUCACCCUCCCCACCGUCAACCAACAACAACCGGGAAAACAGAACCAGUAUCAAACCUUCGACAACAAAGAUGACGUUGUCACCAGUUAUUUCACCAAAGGGAGAAGAAGCAAGAGGUCCGGUCUCUUGUCCCUUUUCGAGUACGCCAAAGACUCUGUCCUGCCAACUCGAGCAAAGACGUUCUAAGACUCUACAGAAGAUACAAGAGCCAAAAAGUCAAUCUUAGAUUCUCUGAGGGUCUAGAAGAUGCUGAGUGUUCAAGAUAUUUGUGGAAACCACUCUCCAAACAAACAAUUUUUGUCAUACUUUGGUAGUCGGGAAAUUGCAUUGAGUGAAGUAUCGCUUGUGUUCUUAGACUUGUUGUAGGUCAGUGUGCCUAAAUGUUAUGAGGUUUAAGCUUCGGUCACAACCCGCCGUUUUUUGGGAGGCUACUUUACAUCUGUUACGUUUUUUCUGAAAACGUGGGGAAGGAGUGGCGUCGA